AUGUUCCAAUCCACCGCGGCCAAGAAGGCCAUCAAGACCCUCCCGCGCGCUCGCCGAUUCUCCACCACUCCAGCACCCGCUGCUAUCUCGCCCUACCGAAAACACUCGCCACAGACCCAAGCACAACAGCAACAAAAGCCAGCGCGAAGGAAUGUGUCAGAUACUGCCACACGAUCAGCACAAGCCGCGACAGCAGCGUCGCCGCAGCGUGCUGUGCCCAGUCCAGCCUUCAACCGCGAUGAGAAAAUUCGAGACGUUCAGCCUCUGCAGCCGUUCAGGCAGCCAGAGAUGGACCACAGUUUUGUGGGCAUGACGGGAGGCGAGAUAUUUCAUGAGAUGAUGCUCAGGCACGGCGUGAAGCAUGUCUUUGGAUACCCCGGUGGUGCUAUCUUGCCCGUGUUCGAUGCCAUAUACAACAGCGACAAGUUCAAUUUCAUUCUUCCCAGACAUGAGCAGGGUGCGGGACACAUGGCAGAGGGCUACGCUCGAGCUUCUGGCAAGCCGGGUGUGGUUGUCGUCACUUCUGGCCCAGGCGCUACAAACACUAUCACCCCGAUGCAGGAUGCUUUGAUGGAUGGCACUCCCAUGGUUGUGUUCAGCGGGCAGGUUGUGACCUCUGCGAUUGGAUCUGACGCCUUCCAAGAAGCCGACACAGUUGGCAUUUCAAGAGCGUGCACAAAGUGGAACGUAAUGGUCAAGAACGUGGCAGAGCUGCCCAGGAGGAUAAACGAGGCUUUCGAGAUUGCGACUUCAGGCAGACCAGGUCCAGUUUUGGUCGAUCUGCCCAAGGACGUCACAGGUGGAAAGCUCAACAGGCCUAUUCCCAUGGCAUCAACCCUCCCAACUCACCCCUCUGCAGCCACCAUGGCAGCACGUGAGCUGUCUUUGAAGCAGCUUGACGGCAGCAUUCGACGAUCGGCAAACUUGAUCAAUAUCGCAAAGAAGCCUGUGAUUUACGCUGGUCAGGGCGUCUUGGGUCAUCCAGAUGGGCCCAAGCUUCUGAAGGAGCUGUCUGAGAAAUCGCAAAUUCCAGUCACAACGACUUUGCAGGGACUUGGCGGAUUCGAUGAGCUUGACCCCAAGGCUCUCCACAUGCUGGGAAUGCAUGGUUCGGCAUACGCAAACAUGGCCAUGCAGGAAGCUGAUUUGAUCAUUGCUCUUGGUGGUCGUUUCGACGAUCGUAUCACUGGUGCCGUUGCUCGUUUUGCGCCUCAGGCACGUUUGGCAGCUUCGGAAGGCCGUGGUGGCAUCGUUCACUUCGACAUCAUGCCAAAGAAUAUUAACAAGGUCGUCCAGGCUACUGAGGCUGUUGAGGGCGACGUGACUGCUAACCUUGCUCUCCUUAUGCCCCACAUCGAAUCGAGAACUGAGGCAGAUAGGAAAUCGUGGUUUGACCAGAUCGCCGCCUGGAAAGAGCGAUUCCCGUGGGCAUAUGAGAAGGAGGACGGACCAGACGGCAAAAUCAAGCCCCAGACCGUCAUCACCACACUCUCAGACAUGACGGCUGACCGGAAAGAGGACACCAUCAUUGCGACUGGAGUUGGCCAACAUCAAAUGUGGGCAGCACAACACUUCCGAUGGCGGACGCCUCGCUCGAUGAUCACCUCAGGCGGUCUGGGAACGAUGGGUUACGGUCUCCCAGCAGCUAUUGGCGCCAAGGUUGCACAACCGGAUAAGCUCGUUAUCGACAUUGACGGAGAUGCAUCGUUCCUGAUGACUCAAACGGAGUUGGGCACCGCCGCUGAGUUCAACAUUGGCGUAAAGGUGAUUGUCCUGAACAACGAAGAGCAAGGCAUGGUCACGCAGUGGCAAUCUCUGUUCUACAACGAUCGAUUCGCGCACACUCACCAAAGGAAUCCGGACUUCGUGAAACUCGCAGAAGCAAUGUACGUUCCCGCCAGACGGACUACGAAGCUGGCGACUCUGAAGGACGACCUCGACUGGCUGAUCCGCGGCUCUGGUGACGGUCCAGCUUUCCUCGAGGUCGUGGUUGACCAGAAGGUGCCCGUCUUGCCCAUGGUUCCCGGUGGCAGCGCUCUGCACGAAUUUCUGGUGUACGACGAGGCAAAGGAGAAGGCGAGACGCCAAAAGACAAGAGAGCGAUCUGGGCGAUAA